AAGACAGCAGCAGCUAUUAAAGCUCAGAGGACCAAGGGGCACCGGUCAACAAAAAACUCUCCAAACACAAUUACAGAGGGUGGACGGGAGAAAAAACAACCUCUUUGAAUUAUUAAACGUCAAGUCGUCCUCACCACAAUGCACUGGCUGAAAAGUCUGAGAACAGCUAACCCGGGAAUCUUGCAGCUGUUUAAAAAUGCAGGGAUCUCCGCCAGAGCCGGAGCUGACAACAUUGUUUUGUCCAGGACGCAGCAACCUGUUCCUCUCCCCUGCUGGGUCGCAGCAUCACCCCACACCCACAGAGCCUUUCAUCAGCAGAAGGGCCCUGAUGUGGAUCAAGGACACUCCAACAGAAGUAGGUUGAUGUCCAGCAUGGAGGAUCUGCUGUUCUACACCAUCACUGAAGGCAAAGAGAUGAUCCCCCUCCCCCAGUUUAUCUCCGCUCUGAGAAAAACUGGUUUGUUGACCUCCGACCCUCGGCUGCGUGACUGCGUCAAACAGAUGCGACAACACUCACAUGACUCCCUCGGUCCCGUCAUGAUGGACAAAAAGCUCUUCAGAAGGUUUGUGGUGAACAACAUCAUGCUGCUCACUAAGGCCUUCAAAAAGAAGUUCAUCAUCCCCAACUUUCAAGAGUUCACCCAGGAGAUUAAUAAGCUUUACGGCAGCGCUCAGCGGCAGGAGGGAGGACAAGUAGCUGAUUACAUUCCUCAGCUGGCUAAGUUCAGCGCUGAUCUCUGGGGUGUGGCCCUGUGCACCAUCGACGGUCAGAGACACUCGGUGGGUGACACCAAGGUUCCCUUCUGUCUGCAGUCCUGUGUGAAGCCCCUGGAGUACGCCAUCGCUGUGCACGAGCUCGGGAGUGACCACGUUCACCAGUAUGUCGGCAAAGAGCCCAGUGGAUUCAAGUUCAACAAACUGUCACUAAAUGAUGAAGAUAAACCACACAACCCGAUGGUGAAUGCUGGGGCUAUCGUCAUCAGCUCUUUGAUGAAGCCUAAUUCAAAUAAAGCUGAGAGGUUUGACCAUGUGAUGGACUUCUUGAAAAGCAUGGCUGGAACAGAAUAUGUGGGCUUCAGCAAUGCAACUUUCCAGUCAGAGAGGGAGACCGGUGACAGGAAUUAUGCAAUCGGUUAUUACCUCAAAGAGAAAAGGUGCUUUCCUGACAAUGCAGACAUGACUGCCGCCCUCGACUUCUACUUUCAGUUAUGCUCCAUUGAGGUGAACUGCGAGUCAGGAAGUGUCAUGGCUGCCACACUGGCCAAUGGCGGUAUUUGUCCAAUCACAGGCGAGCGUGUGCUGAGCGCCGAAGCGGUUCGCAACACCCUGAGUCUCAUGCAUUCCUGUGGCAUGUACGACUUCUCAGGACAGUUUGCUUUCCAUGUGGGCUUGCCGGCUAAAUCUGGAGUUUCAGGUGCUGUGGUGCUGGUGGUCCCUAACGUCAUGGGUAUGAUGUGUUGGUCCCCCCCGCUGGACCGUCUUGGGAACAGUGUUCGUGGGAUUCACUUCUGUCAGGAGCUGGUGUCAUACUUCAACUUCCACAAUUACGACAACCUGAGGCACUUCACUAAGAAACAUGACCCCAGAAGAAGAUCGGAUGAUGAUCCAAACAAGUCGGUGGUGAAACUGAUGUUUGCAGCGUACAGUGGUGAUGUCACAGCUCUCAGGAGGUUUGCCCUUUCAGCUGUGAACAUGGAGCAGAGGGACUAUGACUCUCGCACAGCGCUCCACAUCGCUGCAGCUGAAGGUCAUCUGGAAGCUAUACUUUUCCUGACUGAAAUUUGUAAAGUCAACCCCCAUAUGAAAGACAGAUGGGGGAACACGCCCCUGGACGAUGCCCUGCAGUUUGGACAUGAUGUCAUUGUCUCAGUCUUGCAAGAGUACCAGCGUGUUUGCCCUGACGCAGACGCCCCUUGCGAAGCAGAGGAGCAGAAGACUACACUGGAUCCGCUGAAGAGCAUUGUGUAAACCACAGGGGAUCAUAAGGGUUUGUAAUGCAAAUCCAGUUUAUUACGCACCUAUGAGGAGUGAAAGAACGGGAUGAGAGAGGGAAGUCAUGAUUGAGUGUGUUUAUCUCCUUUGGACUGUUAAAAAGAUGCAGAAUUAAAUUCCCUCGUGGUGCAUUGCUGCUAACUGGGGGAUUGGUCAACAAUGUUAAUCAGCGAACACACAUGCAAUGUGUUGCCAUAAAAGAUUAUAUCUUACAUUAUAUGAAGGGCGGUGUGGCCUAGGGGGUAGAGCGGGCGUUCUCCAACAAGAAGGUUGCUGGUUCAAUCCCCACUCUUCCCCAUCUGCAUGGUGUAGUGUCCUUGGCAAGAUGUUGAACCCCUAAAUGGCCCUUCAUAAAUGUUGAGUGUAUUAAACAAAUGUAAGUCGCUUUGGACAAAAGCAUCAGCUAAAUGACAUGUAAUGUAAUAUCAAAUCACUCUAUGAUUUGUCACGGUGCAAUAAUUGCCAGAAUGGCACUCACACCUCCACCAAGGCCCAACAGUUCCCUUCUGAAACCACAUUUUAUCUUCACUAGUUCUUGAUUCUAGUUCUAUUGGGAUCUGCACCAAAGGCACACACCCAUAACCAGCAGUCACCUUAAUAUGCUGAAGUUUUAUUUAUCAAUCUAUGAUUUUUUCUCUUAGAAAUCAAAGAAAACAUUGAAUAACAGCAUCCUUAAUCCAAGUUUAGUGGAAAAACGUCCUGUUAUAUUUGACAUUAUCCUGCUAAUUAAUCAAUGCCGAUGAAAACCUUUACCUUAGCUUCUGAUGUAAAUAUGAAAUAUAUUUUUUGCUUAUUUGUGGGCUUUAUUUUUUUUCAUUUUGUAUUUAAUUGAGGGAUUUCUGGCCCUGCAUCUUGUGCAAUAUGUGUAUAGAUAUUCCUGAAGUUUUCUCUUAUCUUCUACCUCAACAUGAGGUGAUUCAGUCACGUUUGUGCCUCAACACUGAUCCAUCAGGUUAUCAUUGUACUUGCUGACAGCUCAUUGAGGCUCACAGGCCAGUCUACUAACUGCUGAUACCUCGUCGUGUUUGUGUCAGUUGUUUUCUUUCUUUCUGGAUGAAUAAUUCUUACAACAUGAUUGUGAGUUUGUUUUAUUGCAAAAUGUAUAAUUAAAUGGCAAUCUGUGCAAAUUAGUAUUUCCAACUGGACACAGUUGAGUUUGAAGUAAUAAUUUUUGAAAAAAAGCUAAAUUGAAAAACAUUUUUAGCACAUAACCAAGUCUUGUGCUAAAAACAUAUUAUACAGUUGAAUCAUCUGCAAUGAGCGCAUUUUAUUCACCGUAACUUAACUACAGCAAAGAGAUGAUUCCUCAGCAUGACAUGAGCUUUAUUCUGUCGCUGUAAAUAUGUAUUUUCCUGAUGUAAAUAAAAGGGAUUGUGAAA